CCCGCCCGCCGCGGCCCUCAGGCCUGCCGGGCCGGCGGAGCCCCGGAGCCGCUGCAGCCGGGGGGCCAUGGGCCCCGCCGGGCGCUGGGUGCGGGCAGCACACACGGCCCUCAGCGCGGCCCUGGCGCUCGGGCUCCUCCUGCACCGCACGGAUCUGCAAAAGCAAGAGGAGCGCGGGGAGCUGCUUCAGCCGCUGAUUUUCGUUUUGCUGGUGUUGUGCUCGAUCCUGCUGUACUUCAAGGUGUCUCUCAUGGAUCCAGGUUUUGUUAAGCCUGAAGAGGAAGUGAAGGAAGGUGAAGAUAAAGGACAAGGUGUGGUGAUCCCUCAGAUUCCAGGUGAUGUUAAGCUGCGGCGCUGUGGUUACUGCCUGGUGCAGCAGCCCAUGCGAGCCAGGCACUGCCAGCUGUGCCAGCACUGUGUGCGGCGCUACGACCAUCACUGCCCCUGGCUCGAGAACUGUGUAGGAGAGAGGAAUCACCCCCUCUUCAUAGUCUACUUGAGUGUCCAGCUUGUGGUUCUGCUGUGGGGAGGCCAUGUUGCUUGGUCAGGCCUCUACUUUGAACAAUCGUGGGAGUGGCUGCAACACAACAUUUUCCUCCUUGCGUCCUUCCUCCUGAUAUUCAUAUUCACCAUUGUGGUCCUGCUGCUGCUUGUUUCCCACCUGUACCUGAUCUCAUGCAACACCACGACCUGGGAGUUCAUGUCGCACCACCGCAUCUCCUACCUGCGCCACUCCGAGCUGGAGAACCCCUUUGACCAAGGGAUCAUCCUCAAUCUCUGGAGAUUCUUCUGUUCACGUCACCUCACUGCAUGGGAGGACAUCUAUUUUCACAAGAACAGUGAGCCUGUCUAGUCCCAGUGUGCCAACGCACCUGGCAGGCUGCUGGGUAAAGCUUUGCUAAUGUAAGGGCUCCUAUUUCCUUGCACUGAACUUUAAUGCAUCAGGGACUAUGCAACCUGCUCCAGAACCUUUCAACUGCAAAUUACAUAUCAGGGAUGGGGUAUUUUUUAUAUAUAAAUAACACUGUUAAAGGCAAGAAUCCAGUUCUGGGAAGGGCAAGAAUCCAGUUCUGGGAAGGGCAAAGCCAGCAGAGCUGAUUUCCAGACUGAGCAAAGCAUUUUUCUAAAUUCAUUUCCUUUUGUUAAGUGCAUCCACAUCUCUCCAGAAGAAGUGCAAGAUUAGAGUUACUAUUCGUGUUUACUUCUCCAAGGUCUCCCUCCCUUUUGCUGCUAGGGAACAGCAGCAAUUACAGAUAAAACCAGCCAGGAUCAGUGUGAUUCCUGUGGCUUUUUUUCAGCCAAGUUCUGACUGUGAGAACUGCAGUGCCUUUUGGCAGUAGCAUCAGGCAUGUAAGAGAAAUAUUUUAGUAAAUAUUUAGACAGUCAAAAGCAAAUUUUAUUUUGUCCACAUGCUUCACCUUAAUGGUUUCCACAAAGACUUAAGGCUUAACACAGUUAAUGUGCAUGAGAAAGUGCUGUAAGACAUCAAAUUAAUCUUAUGGAUAAUUAAUCUGUAUUUUGUAAUGCCCAGAGCAGCUUCCUCAUGGCUUUUUAAGUUGAUGAUGAUGCUGCUAACAAUUCACUUUGAAUCAAGUCAGUGAAGAAUGAUACCAUCACUUUUCUUUGGACAGAAAAGUAAUCCUUCACUACUGAGUUAUUUUUGCAGAUAAUGCCAUGCUCAGGUCUUUGCUGUAGCUUGGGAGAGAAGCAGGAGCAGAGGUGGGCAACUCAUACCUAACUCAAGUAACACUGUUGGUAAAACUACUACUACCUCAACUUAUUAAUGACAUGUUAAUAAAAUACAAUUUCAAUGCAAGAAGAAAGCAGCCAGAUCCUGGUUGAUUAACAGAGAUGAGAGAUGCUGGCAACUUUCAGGACAGCAGCAAGAGGAUCUGUUUUCCAUUGAAAUACAAGGUCAUACUUCAGAUUUCCAUGGGGAACUAAAAGGAAGUUUGGGGUGACGGAUCUUAGCUUUAAAACAAAAAAGGCUGUGGUGUGAAUUUUAGUUCUGACUAUUUUCUGUUAAAAACAAACAAAACAAGAACAACCACCACAAAAAAACAUUAGUUAAAAUUAUCUUGUGCCUUAAUUGUCUUGGCUCAGGAAUUAACACCAACUCAGAGGCACUCAGGGUUUAAAGUUGAUGAGCACUCAUGAAAAGACAGUGUAGUUACUAACAUAGCAUGACAGUUCAAAAGCAAUUUAAAUGCAGCAAAAGAUCCCUUUUUUGACCAGCUCAAGAGUCUGUAAUUUGUGCACAGUCUGGUUUGUUCAGGGUUGAAGCUUUAUCAAAGGGAUAUCAGAACAUUAAGGAUUGUUUUUGAAAAGCUGCUACACCAUUCAGGAUUCUGCAGUUUGUUUGUGUUGCUGUGAUACCUGCUGAAGUGUGGAUCAUGUGUCACAUUGCAAUUCCUGGUUCUUCAAGUAUCAGUCAAGUGAAAGUUUAUCAGCAGGUAUAAAAGCUCAGUUUUGCUCUGUUUGCUAUUUCUUUAAAAUACACCUGGGUGUUAAUUUACCUUUUUUUUUUUUUUUUUUUUUUUUACUCAAACAUAAAUUAUAAAAUGAAAGAUUAAAUAUGCAUUUUUAAAUUCUCUAUGACUCUCUCUUUGAACCCAAGUUCUAGGUUUCACCUGUGCUAACAAUCCACUGCACAGUGGCCUUGAACUAAAGCCACAAAACACACCACAGAGGCCAACAGCAACUGCCACUCAGACAAGAGUGAGGAAAAUGUGUACCCUGCUCUAAACAGGCCAGUGCACUGCCAGGCUGAGCAGGAGGUUGAAAGGAUCUUGGUACACGGGAAUUUUCAGAAGCAGCUAUACUUGGCUCUGAAAAUAGGAAAUCUAGGUUGAGAGUGAAAUAUCCCUGGUUUGUACAAAGAGAGCUCUUACCUCAGUGAAUCCUGAAGCACUGGGACCUGCCUUGGCUUAACAGUUCCCUAGAUCCUUGUCUCCAGCUACAGCACAGCUGCCUUAGUCCCACUCCUGUCUCCAUCUGGUGAAGAAAACUGAAAGAGCAAUGAUUGUGUCCUUGUUUGCAUCAGAUGCCUUACCUCUAAAAACCCUUCCAUUUUUGCCCAAUGAGCUAACAUUAUGAAUUUAAGACAUGAAAAUGUAUCUUAUCAAGUAUAAUUACAAGACAGAUUACGAGGCAAUGAAAUCACCUUUAACUCACUGAUUUUUCAGUACUGACUGUAAUUACUUAGCUGUUGCCAAAAAUGAUACAGGAUGUACACACUGAUAAAAUCUGUGCAGAGAUAACCUGACUUCAACCAUUGGUAUCUGACAGCUGAUGACACCGUGCAAUAUGUACACAGACAACCUGAGUGAGAAGGAAGAAAGAAAGAAAAUAUUACUACUGGCAU